UGCGAUGGUAUAAAAAUAGCAUAUAUACAAUUGUUUGGUACAUACUUAUCGUAUGUGAAUGGUCAAUGGCCGCGAGUCCAAAACGUCUGAAGCAAAUAACCAGGAUGAUUAUAUCGUCAUCUGUAUCAACAGCAAGAUGAAAUGCGAUUGUUAUCUCAGUUUUACUUGAACAUAUCACUCAUGGCCGUUCGAGAAUGUGUGGACUUGCGACUAAAAUGGCUAUGUUUAUCGUGACCGCGAAGAAUGUGUUGUUGGUCGCAUUCGUUUUGUGCUGCGGCGAUUUUUUCUGCAACAGCUCACCUGUUAUACUGUAUGCUACUCACAAGGAUAUCAGAAUAGCAAAUGUGUCUCGUAUCAAUAAGGUCAACAUUAUUGUUAAAAAUCUAUCAGAAGGUGCUGCUUUAGACUUCUACUAUGAACGAAGACUGAUUUGUUGGUCUGACAGUAGCCUGGAAAUGAUACAAUGCAUGCGUUUUAAUGGUACAUACACAGAUAAACAGAUGGUUAUAGUAAACACCAGCUUAAUCUCACCAGAUGGACUUGCUUGUGACUGGUAUACUGGCAAGUUAUACUGGACCGAUGGUGAGAAAAAUCGAAUUGAAGUGAUUAGUAUUGACAGUCGACAUCGAAAAGUGCUCUUCUGGACAGAGAUUUAUCAACCACGUGCAAUUGCACUGGCACCAAUGCGCAGUCUUUUUUUCUGGACCGACUGGGGUGAUGUGCCCAAGAUUGAACGGGCUUCCAUGGAUGGUGAUCCACUCUCGCGCAAAAUUAUCGUAUCUGAGGAUAUAUUCUGGCCAAACGGCCUGACGCUUGACUAUGACAAAGAGCUGAUCUACUGGGUGGAUGGUAGACUUUGGUUCAUUGAAGUAAUGAAUUAUAAAGGUGAAGAUCGACGCAGGAUUAUUAGCGAGGGUUUGGAUUAUCCUUUCGCCAUUACACUGUUCGACAAUCGACUUUAUUGGACUGACUGGAAAACUUGGUGCAUACAUUUCGUCGACAUACGUCAGUCACAACCACAUCCUCGUGAGCUGAUUCAAGAAGAAAACAUACCUGGAGACAUUGAAAUUUUUGACAUGAAAAGGCAACCUUACGGCGACAAUUCUUGCAAACGGAACAACGGCAACUGUUCACACCUGUGUCUACUUAGCGAGAAUCCGCGUGGUUAUAGCUGCGCCUGUCCUACUGGUGUCAAGUUGGUCGAUAAUUAUACGUGCGCGAGCAGACCGGAGCAGUUACUGUUAAUCGUGCAACGUAACGAAAUCUGCAAGAUCUCAUUAGACUCUCCAGAUUAUACUUACUUUGUGUUGCCGCUUAGCGAUAUUAAGCAUGCGAUCGCGAUCGAUUUUGAUCCAGUGGAUGAGAUGUUGUACUGGACUGAUGAGCAAGCAUUCGCUAUAAGGCGUGCUUAUCUAGACGGAUCAGGACAGCAAGACGUCAUUCUUACGGAAGUAACGAAUCCAGAUGGUAUUGCAGUCGAUUGGGUAGCUCGCAAUUUGUACUGGACGGAUACCGGAACUGACAGGAUUGAAGUGGCGCGGCUCAAUGGCUCUUGCCGGCGGGUGUUAGUGAACGGAGACUUAAACGAGCCACGAGCAAUUGCGGUCGCGCCCGAACACGGUUGGAUGUUCUGGACUGAUUGGUACGAAAAACGGCCGAAGAUCGAGCGCAGUAAUCUCGAUGGUACAGAGCGCGUGCUAUUGAUCAGCAAAGACAUCAUAUGGCCAAAUGGUAUCGCGCUCGACCUGGAACGAAUGAAGAUUUAUUGGUGCGAUGCCAAAACCGACAAAAUCGAAGUGGCUAACAUGGACGGCACUGACCGGCGCGAAGUUAUUACUGAUAAUUUGCCACAUUUGUUUGGCCUAAGUCUACUAGGUGAUUAUCUUUAUUGGACCGAUUGGCAGCGGCGUAGCAUUGAUCGUGCGCAUAAACUCACCGGCAGCGAUCGCGAGGUUAUUAUCGAUCAAGUGCCGAAUGUCAUGGGAAUCAAAGCCGUGCGUUUUGGUCGAGUAAAUACUAGCAAUUCGCCGUGCGCCCGCAACAAUGGAGGUUGCAGCCACCUUUGUCUUAAUAGACCUAAUAACAGAUACGUCUGCGCUUGCCAAAUCGGCUACGAAUUAACGAAAGACAAGCGCACAUGUAUUGUGCCGGAUGCUUUUUUGUUAUUUGUGAAGAAAGAAAACAUCGGUCGAAUUAGCAUCGAAAACGCUAACAAUGACAACAUUAUACCUGUUACUGGUGUUAAAGAUGCUAGUGCUUUGGAUUUCGACUUGAACGAAAAUCGCAUUUAUUGGACUGAUAUCAAGUUAAAAACUAUCACACGUGCCUUUAUCAAUGGAUCGGACAUAGAAAGAAUAGUCGAUCUUGGCUUGGAAUCUCCGGAGGGUAUUGCGUUUGAUUGGAUCGCGCAUAAUCUUUAUUGGAGCGAUACUUAUACGCGUAGAAUAGAAAUGAUCAGACUGGAAAGUGGCAGCAGAAAAGUGCUUCUUUGGCAAAACCUUAUCGAACCUAGAGGCCUUGCUCUGGACCCUGAGAGAGGCUACAUAUAUUGGGCCGAAUGUGGUGGUUCUGGUAGCAUCGAGAGGAGUUUACUAGACGGCACAAAGCAACAAAUAGUGGUCUCAGACAGUGGCCGUGCAAACGGUCUGACAAUCGAUCACGCAGAGCAUAAACUAUAUUGGGCCGAUCCAGGCGCGAUCGAAUGUUACGAUCUAGUAACACAACGUCGCAAGGUCAUCAUCUCACAGAAGAUUCUUUAUCCGUUCAGCGUCACGCAAUAUCGGGACUACAUUUACUGGAGCGACUGGAAUACGGGCGACAUUGAGCGAGCAAACAAGCAUUCCGGUGGAAAUCGUACUAAGAUACAUCACAAGUUGGAAUCUGUAACGGAUCUCAAAGUAUUUCACGCGUCACGACAAACCGGCAGAAAUCCGUGCGCAGUUGCAAAUGGCAAUUGCAGCCAUCUAUGCAUUGCUCUACCAGGACCGAAUGGCAACUCUUCCGUUGCGCACAAAUGCUCGUGUCCUACACAUUACAGUUUGGCGCAUGAUGAUCGUAUAUGCCUGGCGCCUCGUCGUUUCAUUAUUUACAGCCUGCGCAACACUGUAGCACGUUAUUUGCCCGAUCAAACGGACGAUUGUGCGGAUAUAAUGCUACGCAUACCGGGUCUGAAAAACGUGCGUGCGAUCGAAUUUGAUCCGGUGACGCAGCAUAUCUACUGGAUCGAUGGUCGUACUUUGUCGAUCCGUCGCGCUCUCGAAAAUCGCACGCAGCAGCAGCAUAACAGUGUAGUCGUUGUACCCGGCGGUACCGGUCAUCCGUUCGAUCUUGCUCUCGACCCGCUUGGUCGAUUACUGUUUUGGACGUGCAUGGAGAACGACGCCGUGAACGUUACGCGACUGGACAACGGUUCAACGCUGGGUGUUGUCGUGAAAGGCGACGGCGAGAAACCGCGCAACAUCGCGAUACACUCGCAGCAACGGCUGCUCUUCUGGACCGAUGUGGGAAAAAAGCGGGUGUUGCGCAGCAAACUGGACGGCAAGGAGCGCUACAUGAUUGCCGAAGGUUUACCGGAGCAGCCGACUGGUCUGGCAAUUGAUAUCACAAUUAACAUUAUCUACUGGGCAUAUGGCAGACAGAUCGAUUGCUCCGACUUCAGUGGUCGUAAUCGCAAGAUUUUAAUAGCCUCUGCCGCACAGCAAAGCCCAGUAGUGCAUCUGGCUGUGCUUUUCGAUUAUCUUUAUUGGUACAAUCGUGAUGAGCAGACACUCGAGCGAAUCAACAAAACAUCCGGUAGCGCGACUGGCGAGCGAGUCGCUCUGAUGUCAACGAGUCGCGCGCUUACGGAUAUUAUCGCUGUCAACGCGCAAAACGAUUUACUCAUGAAAAUGCAUGUGUGCAGUCCCUUUAACGACUACGGUGGUUGUUCGCACCUCUGCAUCAGCAACGACACAAUCGCCAACAAUGCUUCGGUGACACCACGUUGUUCGUGUACACGAUCAUUGGCUCUAUCCGAUGACGGACGCACUUGCCGCGCCGCACCUGCCUGUGGCAGUGAUCACUUUACAUGCGCCGCACCAAGUUCGGUUACGAGUAAAGAUUGCAUACCGGUGACGUGGAAGUGCGACGGCCAGACCGAUUGUCCGGACGGCAGCGAUGAAUUAGGUUGCCCUGUAUGCACACGCGAUCAGUUCAAAUGUCAAAAUCACUGUAUUGACAUAAACUGGGUGUGUGACGGGAAACCACAAUGUUCAGAUGGAUCCGACGAGGCGCACUGCUGCACAACAGGUCAAUUUCAAUGUCUCAACAACGGCGUGUGCAUUCCCGGUUCAGCGGUGUGUGAUGGUUGGGAUGACUGCGCCGACGGCAGCGACGAAUCGACACCGACCUGUGCUAGCUUGCACAAUCCUCAUCGUCAAGAUGCUGGCCCAGAUGUCACCGGUGAGUCCAGCAACGUAACUUACGUCAUCGUGGUCCUGGUGGUAAUGUCUGUGAUAGCUGCGAUCGUUCUCAGCUACUAUUACUGCCGUAAAAGAUUUGUUGGAAGCGAGGGUCUGCCUGAUAUACUUCACGACUCUGCGGGAGAUCCAUUGUCGCCAAAAUCCAGCAACCGAAUUGUGAAACCGAUGUUCACUUCACAGAAGAAUAGAAAAGAUGGAACAGGAAGCGUUCUCAGUGUUGGCAUGGAUGCUGUCAGGAUGUCCAUGUUGAACGGGAGUAGUCUUGGCUCCAGCUACGACCGCAGUCACAUCACAGGUGCGUCGAGUUCUACGAGGGGUAGCUCCGCGGGUGGAUAUCCUCACGAGACACUGAAUCCUCCACCAAGUCCGGCAACGAUAGCUAGCUCAACUCGCUGCUCGAGCAGCAACGCGUCGCGUUACAAACCGUAUCGUCAUUAUAGAAGUAUAAAUCAGCCGCCACCGCCGACUCCGUGUAGCACCGACGUCUGCGACGAGUCUGACAGCAACUACCCGGCUCGUUAUCGUUACGAGAGCGAGCCGUUUCCGCCGCCGCCCACGCCACGUUCCGUUUACCAUAGCGACGCGGCGAUCAGCUGCCCACCAUCCCCUAGCUCAAGAUCAUCCACAUAUUUCAGUCCUCUACCGCCUCCGCCGUCACCGGUACCUUGAGGUUUCUCUCAAAGAAGUAACGGGUAACGUAUUUAUACCGUCUCUGCUUUACCAACAUAUUUCAGUAUUCUUGCCAUUUCUUUGUUAUUGCGCAUACAAAAAAAACCUUGGUAUAAAAGAGAUCUGAUUGUAGAACAUAAAAUAGCAGACUGUUAUCUAAUUCAUGAAAAGAUAUGCGGCAAUUUGAUGAUAAAAUGCACAAGGAACAUUCUGUCGAUCAAAUUUACUUAUAGUAAAUACGUGUUUAUCUUUUCUUAAAUUAAUACGAGACCGAGUCUGUACACAACAGAGCAAAGUUUCAUCUUUGCUAUACAAUCGAUUUCACUUUUUGUUUACAGUUUCUGACGGUUUGUUGUUUCGCAGUCUUUGAUAAGACAAAAACUCAAUUACAGUAAUAAUUAUUUUGUGUUAUAUAUCUAAAAAAUUUUCAAAAAGUUGUUUUUUAAAAAUUACUAAUUUACAUUGACGCACAACAAAGUUUUCCGACCUUUCAGACAAAUAAUAAUAUUGCAAUAAUGUUAAUAUUCUUAAAAUUAAUUAUUGUCAAACUAAAUAUUAAUACUGUCACUUGUUGCUAAUAACAAUAACAGUUAAUCUCUUUCAGAUUUUUUCUGAGAUUUUUGAAAAAAUAUACACAUAUUGUGAUUCAGAAAACUCACUUUAUAAUUAAUAGUUUUCAUUGUUAUUAUAAUUAAUAGUUUUCUUAAACUCAAAACACUAACAAGUGGCAAGAUUCUUAAAUUAUAGCAGAGAAAAUAUUACCAUUAAUAUAAGUUACGUACAAUAAUGAAGAGUAUGCCAAUUCGUGCCUAUCUGCGCGUGUGUGUACAAUGCGACUUGCAUACUUAUACACGCGCACGCGUACUAUAUUCACAACUUUUUUUUAUAAAUUUUAUGUAUAGAGAGAAAUAAGUAUUCUAUUGCAAUAAUAUACUUAUAUAUAUAUAUAUAUAUAUAUAUAUAUAUAUUAGCAUCAAAACUCGAAGUCCGGGCAGUUUUAGGAUUGACUGGUCAAUGCCCGAAAAAUCUAACCUAACUUUAACCUUUUUUCCGGUAUUGACCAGUCAAUCCUAAAACUGCCCGGACUUCGGGUUUUGAUGCUAACAUAUAUACAUAUAUACAGGGUGUCCCAGAAUUGCCGUACAAUCUCUCGUAG